AUGCCUCACGGCUGCGUAUGGAGGCAUUANUACCCACUUCUGCCAGCAGAGGUUCUGUCCACAGUAGCGUCUGGAAAUUCUGGAUAUUUCACCCUGGAUGAGUUGCGUGAGAUUCAUGAUUCUUUGGUUUUUAAAGACACUUCAAUAAUGAAAUCUUUCUGUGAUAGACGGCGCAUGUUUGUAGGGCAAGAACGCAUUAUCACUCGUUUUAGUACGGUCAAGGCAUCAUCAGCGCAACUCGGCUACGCCAUACCUAUCCGAGCUGACGGCUCGACGGAUUCCAUAUCUUUUCAAUGCAACAGAUCCAUCUUGCUUGUUGGGCUCGGCCUGUAUAACGAUGUACAGGAAUCGGCGACUUCGUACGCCGUGAGAGUUCACCUGAAGGACCAAGACUGCCAAGAACUGGCCAAUUUUACUCGUAAAGGGCUGACAUGGUGCGGAUGGCGCACUUUUAAGGUAGCAUCUCCGCAACCAGUGAGAAUUCAACCUAGCGUCUGGUACACUGUGAAUGUGGAGUUAACGAGUCCUGGGACGCUCAAAACUUACUGGGGAGCAGGAGGACAACAGAGGGCAAGAUUCGGGGACACCAUAUUUGAAUUCAAGGAUUUCGCUAAUAGCAGAACCAACGUACAGGAGGGACAAAUACCGCAAAUAUAUUUCAAAGAAUUCUUAUAUUAA